AUGGAUUCUUGUUUUUCCUCGUAUGUUCCUAUUUUCGGGUAUGAUGCGUGGAGACUCCGUACAAAACCCGAAUUUAAAAAGAUUAUAACACAUGUACAAGAAAAAACUAAUUCCUUGAAAAAUGAAAAAAAUAAGCAAGUUUUCCGGCGUGUAUGCCUAGAAUUGGCUGAUUAUCUAAUUAAGAAAAAGAAAGAAUCACCACCUUAUGAAAGAGAAGAUAAGUGGGAAUUAGCACUGAAGUACUGGCUACAACAAUACUAUAAAGGGCUAAAUAAAUAUGGCAUAUGUCCUAUGAUUUUAAAUGAAGAUGAUAAAAAAGUUUUAGAUUUUAUAUAUGAAGCAGAAGAUUUCUGUUCUGAAAAAAAGGGAAAAAAACCAAAUUGCAUUAAUACUGAUGAACGUAGUAACAAGAAAUGUGAUAGUGCAUGUUUAAGUAAAAUUCAGGCUUACAAUGCAUGGGUUAAAAAUAGAAAGGUGUAUUUUAAGAAUAACAAAGAUCUAAUUAAUAGAAAAUGCAAAAAUAUAAAUUCAUUAUUACCAUUUCCAAAACGAUCUUGCGACGUUCUUAAUGAUAAAACAUUCGAAGAAAUUCCUCAGUGCGAAGCCUCGGAUCCACCUGUACUUAAGCAAACUGUAAAAAAUGAAGAAGAAGAAUCUGCAACGGAACAAGAUUUAACUAAAGCUAAAGAUGAAUCUUCUCAAAUAUUUCCAAUUAAUAACGAACAAAAAAAUGAAGGCCAGCGUCCGCCUGCAUCUGAACAUGAAGAACAACUUCAGAAAUCAUUUUCAAGUUCUCCAAACAUGAAAAAUAAAGAUGAUGUUUCAGAACCUGUACAAACUGAAACAUCAAGUGUUCUAACAGAACCAAAAAUUUUACCCCCAGAAAUACCUCCAGAAGCUUUAUCAACUACUUCAGGUACUGCAAUAGCGGAGUCACCCCAUUUUCAAGGGACUAUUCCAUCGUCUCCUGAAGAUUCAGAACCUGUCUCAACUACUUUUGAACGCCAUUCACUCUAUAAACCUCUAGGAUUAUUAAAAAAAAAAAAAAGCAUAAAAAGGAGACAAGUAAAAUUACUUCGAAUACUAAAACCUUCACAUUCUAACAGAAAAAAAAAAAUUUUAACGCAUGAUCAUCCAGAAAAUACAAUAUAUGAUGAGGAACAAAUCAUAAAAAAAUUAAAAAUACACGAACAUGACAUGAUAAAAAAUAUAAAGUCGUCAAAGCAAAAAAAGGAUAGAUUUAAAACCAUUAUAGAAGUACAUAUGGAAGUACUCGAAGAAUUCAGAAAUGAAGAAUGGGAACACAAAAAAGGAGAAUUUUUAGAGUUAUGCCUAGAAGUGUUUGCAGAAGAGGAAUAUAGAACAUAUCCUAAUUUGAGUAAUGGAGAACUGAUAAUGGAAAAUACUAAAAGUAUUAAUGACAUUGAAAAACAAAAAAUUUUAUACAAUAAAUGGAUAAAAGAACAUAGAAAUAUUUCUGAAAAAUUAAAAAAAACAGUAUGGUUUAAAUAUUUGAAAAAUGAAUGGAAAAAAGAAAAAGCUUCCAUAAAAGAAACUGAAGAAUUAAAAAUGAAUGUUUCAAUUGAAAUUCAAAAAAUUUCAUUUUCAGAAAAAGAAAAGGAUUUAUGGAGAGAGUGGAUAUCAAAAAAUCGUAUGAUUAUAGAUCGAUUCUUGGAAAAGGAAUGGGAUGAAGUAUUGACACAAGAAUUGCUCAAUAUGAUAGAUGAGUGUGUAAAUGAAGAAUUAAAAAAUAAUAUUUCACUUCUAAAUACCAAAGAGGUACAGCAGAAGGUAAGUUAUGAAGAAUUAUAUAAAUAUAUAAAAAAAAAAUUACUAGCAAAAUUGUGUAUACUAGUAUUCAUGAUGGUAUUGGAAGAAUGCAAAAAAGAAGAUUUUAUAGAAAAUGAGGGAUUACAUUUGGAUAGUUACAUAAAUGACUGGACAACAGAAGUAAACCUAGGGAGAAAAUCAGAACUUACAAAAGAAAUAAUUGAAUUUAAUGGCAAUGUUUUAGAAAAUACAGAAAAUACAAAAAUUCCUGCUUAUACAGGGGAGGAAGGUCUUAGACAGGUAAUAGAAAAAUGGGUAAGAGUACAAGAUACACCCGAGAAUUCCAUAUAUAACGAGAACAUAGUAGAAUAA